AUGUGGUCCCAAGCUACUCCGGUAGCGAUCGUGUUAGUGUUACUGAUAGUUGCUACCAGUGGGACUGAGCGGGAAGAAGAUCCACCGCUUCAACCCAGUACUCCACGCCGAGGUCGUUUUCUUGGUCUGCUAGGAUUGCUUACCGGGUUAACGCUCGGUGAUUCAUUGGACGAUAGUGAUCAUCCUCGUAUUGGAGCACCCUCUGGGAUAGUGAAAAUUAACAUCGGAAGACCGUUGGCCGAAUCAUUUUAUCAUUAUAUGUAUAAUCCGUACUAUUAUGGCAGCGUUCCGUCUAUCAAUAUAAAAAUUCCGCUGAGGCCCGAGUCCGGUCAUGAAGGGUAUGGUGUAGUUGAUUUCGGAGUAGGUGCUAGUUCUGGUGCUUUCGGAGGACAAGUUGGACAGUUAGGGCCUCAUGGUGGAAAUCAGUUCAUCGAACCGAGACCAAUUCUCUCGGAUGUGUUGGAAUCCACUGAAACAACUAUUGCAGAAGAAACCCCUAAAAAACCUAAAAAAGUUCUAAGUAUCAGGAGCUCUAAGUUGCCCUACUCCCGAAUAAUACGCAGCACUAUCAGAAGUGACAUUACCGAGGAUGAACAAAUAGCAUCAGUUGUAAGUGUCGACAAGUUUGAACAAACUAGUCCGACAACUACCAACCUUGCCGUAGAAGAUACACUGGAACUAGAGUCAACUACAACAGCGACAACCGAGCAACCACUGAUACUGCAUGCUACGGCAAUCCCAAUCAUCGAGGAUAACUCAAUCACCACUCAAGCGUCAGAGCCGCCUUCGUUCCCAGUUCCACAGUCGUAUAUCGUCCAUGACGGCAGUCUUCCGGAUCCGUCAAUCAUCAGCAUUACGACAGCCGAGCCUGAGCUUAGUUUCAAACCAAGUCGUCCGGACAAAUUGCAGGAUUCGUGCAUAAACCGAGAUGAAUUUCGUCCGGUUGUUAAAAUCUAA